AUGUCAUUUAACGUCAAAUUCACGUCAGGAAGAAGAAUAACCAAAAUCACAUCAAAUUCAGGUCACAAGGAAGAAAAACAACAAAAUUUUCGUCGAAACGAAGAACAUACCUUGACUGGAGAGUUGGGGAGGGCUGGCCGAGCUUUUGUUCAUCUGACAACGUGCCGUUACCGGUAUCCAGGAAGGAAUAUUCAUGCCGUGGGCUACGAGCCGAUCUCGCAUUGCAUUUACUGCAUCGAAGGCAGAAGUCACAGGAUCAAGCGUUCGCUGGCAAAUGCCCUAAAGGUCAGCUUGUUGGCUAACUCUGGUCAUUGCCAUCGAGGGCUCUGGUCUGCGGUGGUACCACCAACUGUGACAAUGUCCACGAUGAGUUCGACUGCUGCAAGCGGCCAGAAAAGUUUUAGUGUCCCAUCAACAAGUCCAAAGUAACAUCAGAAAUGUCGGAGAAGGACUGCUCGGGCUAAUCCUCGUUCAUGUGCUGGAUGACGACCACAUUGCAUGAAUCUUCGGCUGAAGUACUGGGGCCAUGCCAGGCGGUCGCCCACGUUGUGGGUCAUAUUGAAGCGGGCUGCGAUGCGGCUGCCAUCGGAGAGACGCAGCUGGACCGUCGUCAUGGCCGACUUCUCGUUAAGGCUCAGUCUGCCUUUGGUAUGCUGCUCCGGCAAGACCCGCACAGAGCCAAAGGAUGACCAGGCUUCGGAUCCGCUUGCCCUCAACUCUCAGCAAGUCGGAGCGCGUGUCCAAUAUCUCCUCCAAGGCGUCUACGGUGCUUCAUAAUUUUUAGGAACUCUACUUGUCCUUACAAAAUUUCUUUAAUUAAAAGACGGUAGUGAUACAUAUUUGGACAUUA